AUGCAUGUCCUCCUUGGUGAAACGAAAGAGGCCAUAUUACACCAAACAAAACAACAAGAGAGGCGCCAUGAAGAUGGCAAGAGUGAAGAAUGUCUUCGCGAACUCUUCCAGACGAACCCAAAAGAUGAUAGGGAACGAAUAAUCCGCAGAAAGGAUAACACCCCUACCCUUUUCAAAUCAUCAUACGAAUGGAUCCUAAAUGUCGAGGAAUUCCGACGCUGGCGGACCGACUCAGAAAGCCGCCGGCUCUGGAUCAGAGGAGACCCAGGCAAGGGAAAGACGAUGCUUCUUUGUGGUAUCAUUGAAGAGCUGGAGAAAAGCGAUCCGCGUCCGCUGUGCUACUUUUUCUGCCAAGCUACAGUGCCAGCGUUGGACAACGCAACUUCCGUCCUUCGGUCCCUAAUUCUUCAACUGGCUCAGAAGUAUCCCUGGCUCCGAACACAGGUUCUAGCCGUGUAUGAGAAGGGUGGCAAAGCUCGUUUCAAUGAUCACAACGCUUGGGGCACUAUGUAUGAGCUGCUCAAUUCAAUGCUCAGCGACCCACGAUUGGAUGGCGUUUUGUUGAUCGUGGAUGCGCUCGACGAAUGCACGACAGACCGCCCCAAGCUUCUUCAUUUCAUCAGGAAUCUCUCAGAAAUCUCUCGCGCUAGAGUCAUUAUCUCAAGUCGAAAGUGGGCCGAAAUUGGCGAGGUGCUCGGCGAGCACAAUACGAACGGGUCUACUAUUACCCUCGAAUUACACGACGAUCUAAUCUCCAAAGCGGUCCAUUCGUAUAUCGACCGAGAAGUUCAACAGCUGGCUAGCCGCAAAAGGUUCAACGAAAUUACCUGCUCAGAGAUUCAACUGUACUUGAGAAAGCAAUCGCAGGAUACAUUCCUUUGGGUCUCCUUAGUUUGUCAAGCUCUGCUUGAUGGUAGCGUUAAAAAGCGUAACGUCAUGAAGGUGCUUGAAACAUUUCCGCCUGGACUCGAUGCAUUUUACGAGCGCAUGAUCAGGUCUUUGCCCUCUCUAGACGAAGACCUGUAUAAAGAGAUACUGUCUGUCAUGUCGAUCCUCAAACGACCCGUUACGAUUGAGGAACUUCUUCCUCUCCUCCAGUCACAUUUCAGUGAUGAUGCGGAGUAUUUGGAGGAAGCAAUUAAAUCAUGUGGGUCUUUUUUGAGGAUCCAAGCAGAAAAGAUCUACUUUGUGCAUCAGUCGGCUGUGGAAUUUCUGAAAAGCAGUGCUUCAGAACUUUCCACUGUUGCAGAGCGACACAAGUCCGUUUUUCGGAGGUCUAUGGACGUCCUCAACACACCUGGGCAUCUGAAACGCGACAUUUACGGUUUGAAAGAGCCCAGUACAGGCAUAGCGGAAAUCCAUACCCCUGAACCCGAUCCUUUGUAUGCUAUACAGUACCUCUGCACCUAUUGGGUUGACCACUUGACUGAUUGGGUCUGUGAAGAAAGGAUAGAAAUGGGACAGCCAACGUCACAAGACGACCGUGCCAUUUUCGAGGUCAACAGGUUCCUCAAAGGAAAGUUUCUUCAUUGGGUCGAGGCACUUAGCCUCCUUCGCCAGAUGCAACAGGCAGUACAAGCCAUUCAAAAGCUUCAGAUUCUGUUCAGCGUUGUGAAAGCACAGUUUCGGGAUGAGGCUCCUGACUGGGUCACAAUCACGCCUGGUCUGGAACGCACGUGGACCUACUCCCCCGAUGGGGAGUGGCUCGUCACUAGUUAUGACGAUAGUACUGUGAAGCUCUGGCAUGCGGAGAGCGGAACCUGCAUGCACACAGUCAGUAUCCUCGGCGAAGAGGAUAGACAAUACAGCGGGAACAAGGACUUGUAUGGAACAACGCCGGUGGCUUUUUCAGCAGACGGCAAAGCAUUUAUAUCCAGCUCCUGGAACGGUGUCGUGAAGGUCUAUGACAGAGACACAGGCCGCUGCACCCACCAGCUCGAACCAUAUUCAUCUAACGCCACGGUAAUAGCCAUCUCGUCAGAUGGGUCCACGGUUGCAUUGUAUGUUCAAGGUCGUAUCGUCAUUCAGAGUAUGAAAGGGGAAUUUCCUACUCGCACCAUCGAGUGCCAUCUUGAACAGGGUGAAGUUCACUCCAUAGCGUUGAACGCAAAUGGCCAUUGGAUUGCCUUAGGAUUAAUAGAGCAACUCCUCGAGAUUUUCGAUGUAUCGACAGGGGGGCGCCAACAGAUAUCCACGGAUCACGAGGUAGUUACUGUGGCUUGGUCGCCGGAUGGAGACUGGGUUGCGUCAGGUGGCAAGGCCAUCGCUGAAAUGUGCUUCAUCAUACAGAUCUGGGAAAGACGAACUGGAAAGUCAAUUCUGAGAAUCAAAUGCGAGGUACUAGACGGCUCUAAGCUGACAGCCGUACCCCAUUACAUGGACGUCUCAGCCGACAAAGAAUUCCUGGCAGCUGCCUCUCGAGAUAGCAUAUGCGUGUGGAACACGUCGACUGGUGCUUUAACGUGGGAGAUGUACGUUUCCGACUCAAGCGACAUACGCUCGUUUUCGUUUUCCCCAGACGCUCAGCGAAUCAUUUCGACGGCCUAUCCAUCAACGAUCAAAGUCUGGGACUUAUCAAUAAUGCCAGACGCCGUAUCCCGCCGGCCAUUUAAUCGCAGGGAACAAGUGAUCUUUGCUGAUGACGAUCGUUUCCUGACAUAUGGCCCCUUGAUGGAGAAGAUCAGACUUUGGGACAGACGAGCCGAUAUGCCAGAGUCAACGUUCUAUGAGAGGUCCGUGUCUGCUAUCGCACUAUCUCAAGACGGCCAGCAACUUGCAUCGGCUUCUUGGAAGAAGACUACGAUCACAAUUUGGAACACAAGUACCCGUGCUAUCACGAUGAAACUCUGUGGUCGCACAGAGCAUAUUUGCUUCAAUGCGCGUGACUCUAAAAAGAGCGUUUGCCAACGAAGACAUUGGGACAAUGAAGUAGAUGACGAAGACUACAUCAGGACAAGACAAAGUCAGCCAUGCGAGAUACGUGGGAUCGACUCUUUGGCGUUUCGGAAUACCUCCCAGCUUAUUUCAAGCUUUGGGGGUUUGAUCAAGUUCUGGAACACAUCCAACGGCAGCUGCUCGCAGACCAUUGACUCUGGCCGCCAAUGUGUCGACAAGAUUACCUUGUCGAGUCAAGGCCAACGACUUGCUUGCCUUGUUUGUGAUUACGACGAAAGAGGAUGGAAACGCCCUGAUAACGCCAUCAUUCAAGUUUGGGACGUCGUCACAAACGAGUGCAUCUCGACGGUUUCCUUGGAACAUAUUUCGAUCGGCAUGAUCAAAUCUCUGAGCUUCUCGGCAGAUAUGCACCAGCUUGCCUCUUCUCCGUACGAGAUGAUACACGAUAGUUCAUAUCUCGCAGUCAUUCUUUCAUGGGACCUGAGAUCUGGUUCCCUUCUAGGAACGUUCACAAGCGACAAGAUCAAAUCCAUCAAAGCAAGGUUUGACACCAGAUUUGCAAAUCGUUUACACACUGCGUACGGCUUCUUCGACACACGCGAGCUUUUGGGCACAAGUAGCUCAAUUCAUAUCCACAUAGGCUCUAGAAUCUCUGGAGAACACGAAGACUUCGAGCAUACACCAGAUUCAGUGAGCUGGGAAACAAUGCCCGCCUUCCACGGCUAUGGCCUUAGCUGCGAUCGAGAAUGGAUCGUGCGUAACGGGAAACGUUUGCUGUGGAUUCCUCCAGAUUUCAGACCCUCUCUUUAUGACGAUAUCAGUCCCGCCCGCCUAAACUCCUACAACCACCACGCAUUGGCACCGUGGCUCGCAGAGACAGGCUAUCUCACUCCUUCGUAUCUAGCCCGAAGAGAGCAAGAAAUCGCGCCGUUCAACAUGGGUCGCUGGUUGACCCCGCAAAUUCAGGAGUGCAUGCUGAACCAGCCUGCCACGAUCCAACACUUUACCAAAGAUGAGGUCCGCCAACUUCUAGAAGUUGCAGCGGAGCUCAACUUUGAUACGGCGAAAGCUGAGAAGAGUGACGGGUUGAUGAAGCUUGUUUCUUCGAAGCGGACCGUCCAGGCACUUCUGAGCCUCUUCUAUCAACUUAGCCAGGACGCGAAUUCUCCCGAUAACCAGCUCUACUUCUUCCCAUAUUACACCGACCUCGACCGCUUGAGCGAGUGGCGAUGCUACGUCAAGGAAGGCCGCAUCGUCGCCAUCAGCCAGAGCAGAUUCUAUCAGCCAAAUCACGGUGGUAUCACAGACGAGAUGCUGGGUAGGCUGGCUACUCAGGCCCGUCACCUGUGGUCGCGAAUCGCACCUGAUCUGAACUUCAAGAGCUGCAUCCUAGACGUCUACGCAGAGGUCCUCGAUUCCGAGUUUGAGGUGAAGCUCAUUGAGAUUAAUCCCUGGGGCGCACACUCCGGUUCAGGCAGUUUACUCUUUCACUGGCUCGAUGACGCGGAUAUCCUUGAUCCUCGACAGCCCGAUGGCGCGACUGUGAUAAGAUUGGUUGAAUGCGGCGAGGCAAAAGCCCUUACGCGUGAUGAGGCGUUUCAGAUUGGUCGAGGUGGGAUUAUUGAGGACGAGCUUCGAUGUUUGCGGGAGAGAGGGCUUGAGUGGGUUCUGGAGGAUGAUAGACAUGCUGAGUUUAUGGGCUUGCCGGUGCCGGAUGGGCAGUCUGGGCUUACGACGAGGAAAGAUGGUCUUGAAAUCUUUCGGAAAGGAUUGGAUGGGGAUGUUAUGGGGGUAAAACCCAGAAACCACCCACGAUUUCUGAAGUUGAAAAGGGCGUAUGAAGCAAAUCGCUGA